AUGUUCCAGUUUGCGUCCAAGGUGCGGCUGGGCCAGCGGAGGCUCGAGGAGAGUAACGCGUUGCUCUGUCACGCCUACGCCGAACACGCGUCGACGUUGGUGGGCGGGACGUCGAUGGGGCCACUAGCGCUGUUUCGGACGCGUCGCGCCUUUGAGACGGAUGCCUCUGGCUGCCUUCUGGUGGAAGGGCAUGUGGGAUCGGUGACGAAUGUGGUGUAUGAUGCCGACAUCAAGCUGGUCGUCUCGUCGUCGGCCGAUGCCAGCCUGAGGAUCUGGGACGUGGAGCCCCAGGCUGGCGCCAAGAUGUGCAUCCAGACGCUGCGUGGGCACAAAGGCACAGUACUGGGAUGCAUGACGCACUAUGGGAGUAUGAUCUUGUCGUACUCGAUUGAUGGCUCGGUGAUGGUGUGGGCGGUCGAUCCGGCGUCGCGCCCAUUCAAGUACCCCGUCUUUGUGCUCUCGCAAAGAAUCCAGGUGACCUCAUCGCCAAAGCGGUCGAUCCCGCUGCCGUGGGUCACCGCCAUUGACUUUGCCGCUACUAGGGCGUCUGUUUCCGGCACACUCAUUGUUGCGCACACUGACGGGGCAAUCGACACGUACCGCGCGGUGCGGAAGCGCGGGUCACGGGCGGCGGCGCUCAAGGUGCCGUACUUUGAGCACGACGCAUCGUGGCCAUUUCUUCACAAGCAAGGUGCAUACGUCAUCAAGUGGGUUGCCCGCGACAACAUUGUGUUCACGCUCUCGUUCGAAAACGUGGUCAAGAUGAUCGACAUCAGCACCGGGCAGGUCAUUGUCUCGCAGGACCACCCCCAUGAGAAGCCGUUUACCAGCUGUGCCUACAACUCGUCGACCGAAGAGCUGUAUCUCAUCGACGAGUCGGAAACCGUUUUUGUGUGGUUUCUCAACACGCGGCGCGCGCUCGCGUCCUUUGCCUUUACCCACGGCCCGUUGACCUCGAUCUCGCUCACCGACGCUGGCCACGUCCGGCUCACCUCACCCGAGUCAGCCGAGCUCUGGCACGUCGAGCACUUUGAGCGCCUUGUUGAGCACAGGGGCCACACAGCGCCGAUUGGCGCUAUGGGCGGGAUUGUGCGGACAAGCUCGGAAGGAGCCGCGGCCAGCGGUGUGGGAGCGAAGAGCGAGUCGGUCGAUGCUGCCGACGGGCUCAUGCAGCUGCUGGUCACUGCCGGUCAGGACGACUUGCUCAUAUUCUGGGACGUCAUCGACAUGCACCACCACUCGCAGUUCAAGGAGCGGACGUCCGAGGUGACUGCGCUGGCGUACGAUCCCUCUUCAGACAUGCUUGUGACUGGCCACGAAAACGGCGACAUGGCGCUGUGGAACAUCGAGACCGGCGCUACCAUCCGGGUGGACGCCCACUCCAACACGGUGACCUGCCUUGAGGUUGUCAACCACUCGUUCUCCACCUCGAACACGGCGAGCAAGCAGUUCGUCAUCUCGGGCUCGUACGACGGAACGGUCGCGGUGUGGGACAUUGCCCGCAUUGCACGGACGCAAAAGGCUGUGCCGCGCGCCACCUUUGACGCCGGCAUUGGAGAGAUUUAUGCCCUUGUGUACUCGGCCGAGGGCGAGCUGGUCAUUGGCGGGGCAGACCCGCCGCUGCGGAUCUGGGCCUUUGACGGCUCGCAGUGCCUCUCGACGCUCAAGCUCAACGCGCACACUAUGCCGAUCAACGCGCUUGUUCGUGACGGCUCAGUCGUCAUCUCUUGCGCCGAUGACAUGACCAUCCGUGUGUGGGACACACGGUCGCACAUCUGGCUCCGGACCAUUGUCGACGCACACACCGCACCGAUCACCUCGCUGCUGAUGGUGCCCGAGACGCCGCUGCUGGCCUCGGCAGACGAAGUCGGCGUUGUCUCGCUGUGGGAGUACGCUACUACCGAGCUCUCGGGCGGACUCGCGUUUGUCUCGGCUGCGUCAUCGUCGCACGUAGACACGCUGCGGCGUGAGGGCGACGACAGGCUGGCAGGCGCGUCGUCGUUUGCAGCCAUGGCGUCGCCGCUUGCGGUCACACCGAGUACACAUGCGCUGUCGCGGAUGAAAAACCCCGGGCGGAGCGGGUCGGCUCGCAUGGCCUCGCUCUCGGUAGGGACAGCCACACCGCUGGCGAGCUUUGCCAACGACGUCGGCAUCACCGACCUCGCGUACAUUGUCCAGCGGCGCGAGGUCGCAGCAUCGACUCACAACGGCACCGUUGUCCUCAUCGACAUCAAUGCUGUCCUCGACGCCUUUAACGGUGUCGACGACACUGCAGCCGCAGCCGCAGUCAAGCAGGCAGCCGCCGACACCGCCGCCGCCGCGCUUGCCGCGCUUGACGAUGAUGCCAUUGCGGCAGCCAUCGAGGCGCACUACACCCGCGAUCUAAGCGCAGACGACGAGCCCAAUCCGAGCAACGAGAACUCCUCGGACACCGCAACUGAGCCGGACUGGGACGCACUCGUUGCGCUUGAAGAGGCACGUAAGAAGCCACGCGCUCAACC